AUGCUCACUUGGCACAAUCUUCAGUCCCUGUGGCACGAGCAACGCAACCGUCUUCAAGGGGAAUUUAAUCGAAUGAUGCUUGCUGAAUUCGGAAUGAUAUUCUUGACUACGCUGUCCAUUGUUAUUUUGAACAUCUAUACGUUAACUACUCAGUCGCUUGUGAAAUCACAAUUAAGAAUAGCACAAGAAAAUCUCUGGUCUACUGUAUUUAAUCUUGUUAGUUUUACAUCACAUGUUGGAUAUUUCUACACAUAUAUGAUCGCAUUUCGUGUUUACCGACGCAAUGUCCGAAUAGCUCUAUGGUGCAGAAGAGAAACUCGUGCUACAGCAAUGGAAGCACCAAUACGGAUUAUUGAAUUAGCUCCUACUUCAUUAGCUACUCUCUAA